AUGGGCUUCUUCGACAACCUUAUGCUCCAGAUGGACGAGGGCGUUACGGGCCUGUUCGGACAAUGGAACGCAUACACCACCGCCCUCGUAACCCUCCUCGUCGUUAUCAUAUCCUACCGAGUCGUCUCUAGCCAGGACCCCGAUACUCAUCCUAUGCUUCUUGCGCGCCAGGCUCAAGGCUCCCCCGUGCGGCAACCAGGGGAAUCCCCCAUCUACCGAUGUCACUCCGCCCCUCACGGAAUGCCUCUGAACACCGGACUCAAUGUCAAGGACCCUGGCGCUUCCAAGUGGUCAAGAGGACGCGACGGAGAUCUUCGGGACAUUUGGAGGAAGGCGGCGAUGGGCGCCUCUGAAGAGGAGGGUAAGCUUUCUGCAGGCAAAGGCCGGUUGUUGACCGUCCUGGGCUCCGAAAAUGUCGUCGAACACAAGCUUGACGACAUCACCCGCCAGAUCAAUCUUAUCGGCCAACACAUUCACGAGCAGGGCGGCAUCCGCGUUGCCCUCUACCUGCCCAACUCUAUCGAGCUCUUGGUGGCACUGUUCGCCUGUAGUUUCUACCCCAAUCUCACGGCCAUUCUAAUCCCCUUUGACGUUUCGGACGAAGAGCUCAUCACGAUGCUGCGUCGUUCUGCUGCGGACACCGUUGUCACCGCUCCCGGCGCAUUCCCCUUUGACCCGGUUGUCAAGGCGUACCCCGCCCUCCGUCAGAUCGUGUGGGUUGUGGACGAGGGAAGCGCUCAUAUGGACUGGAAUGAGGUGCCUGAGGGUACCGGCGGCAGCGUCAACGUCGCAACUUGGCAGGAAAUUCUUCGCGAUGCCCCGGUCGAUGCUGCGAGAGAACUACCUCCGGUCAAUAAGGAGGUCGAACCGAAAGACGUCAUCACUUUUUGGCAGUCAAAGCCCGGAACCAUGGAGGAGAUGGUGCGCUUUACUCAGUCCAACUUGGUCUCUGGAGUCGCCGCUCAGCUCGCUGGGGUUCCUUCCACGCAACGCCUCGGCCCCUCUGAUCUCUUCUUGCCGGUCGACUCCCUGACAAGCAUUCACACUCUCACCCUGACGCUGGCGGCUCUGUAUUCCAACUCAUCCAUCGCCCUAAACUCUGUUACUGGAAAGUCUGCCGAUCUGGCCGUUGCCACUCAGGGAGUUUCUCCCACGGUAUUGGUGCUAACCCCUGAAACCCUGUUGAAGAUGCACCAGGAGUCGUCCAGCCGCCUUUCCUCUGCUCUGGCCAAGGCUGCUCACUGGGCGCAGUCUCGCAGUCUCACGGAAAGUGGUGUCAUGCCCGUUGCUUCUAUUGCUGCUCGCUUCAACAGCGCAUCACGGCCCGCUAUAGGUACCACCCCUGGCAAACUGCGCCUCAUCUUCGUGGCGGAGAAGGUUGGGGCUGGAUCGCCUCCGCUCUCGUCCCGCAUCCUCUCCGACAUUCGUGUCUUCACCGGCGCCAGGGUGAUCUAUGCUUUGUCCGCUCCCAAGGUUGCAGGUGCCGUCGCUCAGACUGGUUACUACGACUACAGAGUUCACGAUGAUAAGCAAUCACACUUUGGCCCGCCCACGACGAGCACCGAGAUCUUGUUGAGAGAUACGGAGGAGCACAAGAAUGCCGACCAGUCGUACCAAGGAGAGAUCAUCGUCCGAGGUCCCUGCGUAGCAGGCCAUGAGGCCUCUAUCAAGGCUGUGGGAAAGAUCCGGGAUGAUAACACAUUAGCUUAUGCAUAA